CUGGUAUUUUUUGGAGCCUCCAUCCUGGUUCUUCCAAAGUGCCCGGACCCAAAACAGGAAGCAACGCUUCUCCGGUGUUUGGGGGCUGAGACUCGCCCAGGCUGGGGAAAUCGGGAUUGCUGGCCGAACCGUCUCUGUCAGCAGGAAUCUCUCGAAAGGAGUCCUCACCGGGCGGAAAAAAUGUGUCUGUAAAGUAAUAGUUGUCAUCGUGCCGAGUUCCGAGGAAGUUUUUACAUUUUUAAAAUAAAGUGGACUUUGCUUUGAGAAUCUCUUCAGGGACGUAGGUAGAGUGUUUUACCCCAGGCUCCAGAGUGGAUUUGAGAUAAGUGGCCAAGUGCUGCUCUGUACAAUUGAAUGAUACAGCAUAUGUUUUUAUAAUGAAAAUAUUCGGUGUAGAUAAGGAAAGGGUGAUAAUUCUAUGAAAUGUAAGUCAGGAUUCCUUCUCCCUUUCCCUCAUUGAAUUUGUGUGGUUGCUUCUCUCAGAACUUGAUGGAUCGUUGUGUACCUCCUUUCCGACAGUAGGCGAGGUUGCUUGUUGGAACAUCCGACAAUAUGCAUAUCCCGUAGGAUUACUUUAUAAUAUUAAGUCUGAGAUUAAAAUAGUGCCACUUGGAAAUUUUUUCUUUAUUAUACCUAUUUUUUAACUCGUGGAAGAAAACCAUGUGUAGGUUUUAGGCUCCAUUCCAAGUGAAAAUAUUCUUCCAUUAUGUUGAAAGUUUUACAAACAUAAAGUCGAUUUUUCUUCUUCAGUUAAGGAUUUUCAUAUAUUUCCUUUACUUAAGAUUUCUUUAUGCUCGGUUUAAAUUUGUUCCAAGCAACUUUGAGGAUUACUGUAUUGUAAUUAUUUUUGUAAUUUGAGUAAUUUAGCACAACUUGGCAUUUAAAGAUCCGACGCUUAGCUUUUUACUUUGGUAUGGAAGUAAUGAUUUCAUGUAUUUCAUUAAAAUUUAGAAAUUUAAGAUUUAGAAAAUAAAAGGUCACGUUUACAUUAACAUUACCAUAAUUGUCAUCCUGAGAGAAUACAACUUGGCAUGAAAAUAAAAUUUUUCUUCCAUUCACAAAGCACAAAAACAGCUUGAUUCUGUCAAAAAAAAAAAAAACACCGUUACUCGCAACAGUUACAAAGAAAAAUGCAUUUCAUGAUUUAUAAUAAAUUUAUUAUUUUAACUCCCACAUACUAGAUGCUUUUAUGUGCCAUCAAAAAAGCUAACUUUAUAUUUUAUUUUAUUUUGCUGUUUUAGUUGAUAGGCUUACCCAAAAAUAUUCUUUUGGGGACUGAUCUAGAACCUGCAUAUUCUAUGUGAAUCUCUUUAACUGAUUACAUUUGAGCUAGAUUGUGGAGCCAAAUUGCUAUUGCCCUAUCUUCAUCAGCAUUGAACCAAGUGUUGCAGAGAUAGAAACAUGGGGGAGAAACAAUCUGGAUAACAUGAAAGUGAUGCUGGUGGCCACGGGAAUGCGACUUGACUCUGGGAAGGGCUGUAGCUGAUCCAUCCGUUGUCUAGAUUUGAGUAUGAGCACAGUUGAAGAGGAUUCUGACACAGUAACAGUAGAAACUGUGAACUCUGUGACUUUGACUCAGGACACAGAAGGGAACCUCAUUCUUCAUUGCCCUCAAAAUGAAGCUGAUGAAAUAGACUCAGAAGAUAGUACUGAGCCUCCACAUAAAAGGCUUUGUUUGUCCUAUGAGGAUGAUCGGAGUAUUGAUGAUUCUACUCCUUGCAUAUCAGUUGUUGCACUUCCACUUUCAGAAAAUGAUCAGAGCUUUGAGGUGACCAUGACUGCGACCACAGAAGUGGCAGAUGAUGAGAUUACUGAGGGAACUGUGACACAGAUCCAGAUUUUACAAAAUGAGCAACUAGAUGAAGUAUCUCCCUUGGGUAAUGAAGAAGUUUCUGCAGUUAGCCAAGCAUGGUUUACAACUAAAGAAGAUAAGGAUUCUCUGACUAAUAAAGGACAUAAAUGGAAGCAGGGGAUGUGGUCCAAGGAAGAAAUUGAUAUUUUGAUGAACAAUAUUGAACGUUACCUGAAGGCACGCGGAAUAAAAGAUGCUACAGAAAUCAUCUUUGAGAUGUCAAAAGACGAAAGAAAAGAUUUCUACAGGACUAUAGCAUGGGGUUUGAACCGGCCUUUGUUUGCAGUUUAUAGAAGAGUGCUUCGCAUGUAUGAUGACAGAAACCAUGUGGGAAAAUAUACACCUGAAGAAAUUGAGAAGCUCAAGGAGCUCCGGAUAAAGCAUGGCAAUGACUGGGCAACAAUAGGGGCGGCGCUAGGAAGAAGUGCAUCUUCCGUCAAAGAUCGGUGCCGACUGAUGAAGGAUACUUGCAACACAGGGAAGUGGACAGAAGAAGAAGAAAAGAGACUUGCAGAGGUGGUUCAUGAGUUGACAAGCACUGAGCCAGGUGACAUAGUCACACAGGGUGUGUCUUGGGCAGCUGUGGCUGAACGAGUGGGUACCCGCUCAGAAAAGCAAUGUCGUUCUAAAUGGCUCAACUACCUGAACUGGAAACAGAGUGGGGGUACUGAGUGGACCAAGGAAGAUGAAAUCAAUCUCAUUCUCAGGAUAGCGGAGUUUGAUGUAGCUGAUGAAAAUGACAUAAACUGGGAUCUGUUAGCUGAGGGAUGGAGCAGUGUCCGUUCACCACAAUGGCUUCGAAGUAAAUGGUGGACCAUCAAAAGGCAAAUUGCAAACCAUAAGGAUGUUUCGUUCCCUGUCUUAAUAAAAGGUCUUAAACAGUUACAUGAGAACCAAAAAAACAACCCAACGCUUUUGGAGAAUAAAUCAGGAUCUGGAGUUCCAAACAGUAAUUCCAGUUCCAGUGUACAGCAUGUUCAGAUCAGAGUUGCCCGCUUGGAAGAUAAUUCAGCGAUCUCUCCUAGCCCCAUGACAGCGUUGCAGAUUCCAGUCCAGAUCACCCAUGUCUCUUCAACAGACUCACCUGCUGCUACUGUUGAUUCGGAAACAAUAACACUAAACAGCGGAACACUACAGACAUUUGAGAUUCUUCCAUCUUUCCAUUUACAGCCCACUGGCACUCCAGGCACCUACCUACUUCAAACAAGCUCAAGCCAAGGACUUCCCCUAACUCUGACCGCCAGUCCCACAGUAACCCUGACCACUGCUGCUCCUGCUUCUCCUGAACAGAUUAUUGUUCAUGCUUUAUCUCCAGAACAUUUGUUGAACACAAGCGAUAAUGUCACUGUGCAGUGUCACACACCAAGAGUCAUCAUUCAGACUGUUGCCACAGAGGACAUCACUUCUUCCAUAUCCCGGGCAGAACUGACAGUAGAUAGUGAUAUUCAGUCAUCUGAUUUUCCUGAGCCUCCAGAUGCCCUGGAAGCAGACACUUUCCCAGAUGAAAUUCAUCAGCCUAAGAUGACUGUAGAGCCAUCAUUUAAUGAUGCUCAUGUAUCCAAAUUCAGUGACCAAAAUAGCACAGAACUGAUGAGUAGUGUUAUGGUCAGAACGGAAGAAGAAAUCUCUGACACCGACCUUAAACAAGAGGAGGAAUCACCUUCUGAUUUAGCCAGUGCUUAUGUUACUGAGGGUUUAGAGUCUCCUACCAUUGAAGAACAAGUUGAUCAAACAAUUGAUGAUGAAACUAUACUUAUCGUUCCUUCACCACAUGGCUUUAUCCAGGCAUCUGAUGUUAUAGAUACUGAAUCUGUCUUGCCUUUGACAACACUAACAGAUCCCAUACUCCAUCAUCAAGAAGAAUCAAAUAUCAUUGGAUCAUCUUUGGGCAGUCCUAUUUCAGAAGACUCAAAGGACGUUGAGGAUUUGGUAAACUGUCAUUAGGUAAUUCUUAGAAACGGGCAGCUCAAGAAGCCACACUGUUAAUUACAUCUUCAGUAGGAGCAACCCCCAAGGGGCUUAAUUACCAUUUAAAAUAGCUGCU